GUUGAGGCGUGGCCUCAAGCUGAGAGUUGGGGGAACUAUGAUUCGGGAUUAUGGGCGUAUGGUUGAUGCUGCAGCCCAUAUGGAGAUCAUGAUGCAGGAGGAGGAGGAAGGACAGAAGGGCUCCAAUAGGAGUCAGGAUAGUCAGAGUGAUGGUAGGAGACAGAAGGGUUUUAAUCCUCAGCAGUCUCAGGGUAGCUUUUCUAGAUCGACUUUUCCUGUGCCGAGUGCUAGUUCGGGGAAAGGCAGUCAGGGUGACAUUACCUGCUUCAAGUGUGGCCAGCUGGGUCACAAGUCUCCAGUUUGUCCUCAGAGGGGAGGAGUUCAGAGAGCAGCAUCUUCUUCGGCUCGAUCUCAGAGCCAGAGUCAGGGUAGAGGCCAGCCACUCUCGUGUUAUCAGUGUGGUCAGCCAGGGCAUAUGAAGAGGUAUUGCCCGCAGUUGGGUGGCACACCUGGUGCAUCUGGUUUGAGGCCGAUUCAGGGUCAGCAGCCAGCUCAGUCAGGUCAGGCCUCGAGGGCCAAUCAGGGGGCUUCAUCGUCCCAGUC